AUGCAUCGUUGGUCAUCGGUGGACGAUGUUCGAUUUGUAAAAAAAAAAUCACCACCACUACCACCAUCAUCGUUCAAUUCUAUUAUUAGUAAUAAUCAUCGUCAAAAUUCUGCCGUUUAUAUCAACGUACCUAUACCAUUUUAUUUAAAUAAAGAUAAUGAUCAUCAUGAUAAUUUUAUUAGUAGCCGUAGUGGUGAUAAUAGAAGAAUAUCAUUUAAUAAUGAUGAUGGUGAUCAAUAUUCUGCGUCUACUCAUGCGCAGAAUGACAAGUCGUCGUCAUCAUAUGACUAUUAUGUUACAACAUUACCGACUAAAACGAAUACGAUUGUUGUUCAAUUACCGUCAUAUGCGACCACCUAUACAUUUUCGUUAAAUCAACCAUUACGUUCAUUACAAUCAUUAACAUCACUGACAUCGAUAGAAUCAUCGUUGUCGAUAAACGAUAAAAAGCUUAACGACACUAUUGAAGAAUCUUCAUCAUCAUCACUAAACAAUAUCACAGAUAAUGAUGGUGGUGAUACAACAAAAAUUUGUUCUUAUAAAUCAGCUCUACAUUUAUCACAACAACGCCUAACCAAUAUCGUCAAUUCAUUUAAAAAAGGAUCGACUUCGAAUAUGUCAUCCACCACGAACAAAUUUCAAAAACUAACUAAUACACGAAAUGCAUCAUUAAGAUGUUGUUCAACAUCAUCAACAUCAUCAACGGAGAAUGGGGGAAAUUGUAUUUCUCCGUGUUCACCGACGAAUGGCACUAGUUGUAAUGGACGAACUAAUCAUUUCUCACAUAAAAAUAGCGUUUUUUCGAAGUUAUGGGAACGUCGAAAUGAUAUGCCGCAAAAGAAACCGUCAACGCCAGUACCUUCAAUAACUUCAAUGUCAUUUAAUUUUCCAAACAAUGGUCCAAUUGUCAUUGUUGAAAAAUCAAAUAGUCAGAUAAAGAAAUCAUCACCAAUUAUUGUCUAUGAGCGUAUUUCAUCUGAAAAUAAUUCAACUACAUUUCGUACAAAUCACGAUAGGAACGAGAAAAACCUAAAACAUCCUAAGAAUAAGAAUAUUUAUCGUACAGAAUUAGUACCAAAAUCUUUUACACCGGUGAACUUAAAUAAAACUUCAAUAAUCUCGCCAAAAACAUUUACAAAAGCAGUGGAUCAAUCUAAGUGUUUUCCACUCACUGACGAUGAUUCGGCCAUACAAUUGUCAUUAACAAUCACUCAUGCAACAUCUGAAGAUAGUUUGCUAGCUGGUAGUGAAAAUACUUUAUCAAUUCUAUCACGUUCAAGUACAACAGCAACAACAAGUGAUUCAUCGAACAGCGAUAAUCAAGAUACAUCAUCAUCAAUGGGUUCAUAUGAAUCGAAAAACAUUUUCAAAUCAUAUAGUCCUACAAAAAGUCCGUCAUUUGCACGUCCAACUAUAUCAUCAAUGCAAAAAACGCGUGAUACAACAGAUCAACAUUUAUCAUUUACUAAACCAGAUGAGAUCAUACCUAGUGCUCCAUUGACAUUUCAUCGACGAAAAAGUUUAGAUAAUAUAUCCGUCAUAAACACACUGCCUUCACUACCAUCUCCUGUAACUCUAAAACCAUCGGCAACAUUUCAACGACAAACUCUUGGACGGGGAUCAUUACGUGUAUCUUCAACAUCAUCGAAACCACGUGAAUCUAUCAUAGCAAAAAGUCCAAUUAUCAAAUCGCCAAAAAAAGAAUUAGUAUACUCAGAAUUUAAAAAAAUAUCCGACAUUAAAGCAGUAUCAUGCGAUAAUCUAUCGAAAGAAACAAAAAUGCCAUUCAAUGAGCCUCGAAAUGAACAGCAGUCUCGUCGAACAAAGUUAUGGACUGUUGAUGAAGAUAAUCUUGAUGAAAAUGUUCUUACGCCUACUUCUAAAGCAGUACCAAUCAUUGAACCAAUAGUUGUACAUACUAAUAGUGAUAAUGAUGAUAACCGUUUGUCAUCACUAUCAACAAUGACCAUGAGUUCAAGUAAUAUAGAAGGAAAAAAGGUGGUAAUGUCACCAUCAAUGAAUAAUAGUAUUAAGCCUGCGAAAGGAAGAUUUAUGUCUGAAGUUAAUUUAUUCGAUCAAUAUCGUCGUUUUUUAUCCGAUGAUGCAAUUCGUUCCGAUUCAACAUUAUUUGAUACAAAUAAGCCAUUAAAAUAUAAACAAGACUCAUUAAUGAGAUUAUAUGGCUUUAGUAAACCCGAUGCCGAACGUAUAAUGCAGCCAUCUGAAGUUGUCUUAGAAGAUGAUGUAGAUCCACCAUUUUUACCACGAAAUGUAGCCAUUAAAAAAACAAAAUGGGUCACUGAUGAAUAUGAUUUAUUAGAAUUUCUUGGAAGAGGUAAAUUUGGUGAAGUUAAAAAAUGUCGUGAAAAAUUAACAGAUAGACAAUUGGCAGCAAAAUUCAUACAAAUAUCAAAAGAACAAGAUCGUAUUGAAGCUAUUAAUGAAAUUGAUAUUAUGAAAGCAUUACAACAUCCAAGAUUAUUACAAUUGUAUGAUGCAUAUGAAAAGAAGGGAGAAAUUUGUCUUAUUAUGGAAUUAAUUACUGGUGGAGAAUUAUUUGAACGUGUUAUUGAUGAUGAUUUUAUUUUAACUGAAAGAUUAUGUGAAUUGUAUAUGAUGCAAAUAUGUGAAGGUGUACAAUUUAUGCAUUUAUCAAAUAUUAUUCAUCUCGAUAUGAAACCUGAAAAUAUAUUAUGUUUAAAUCGUGAUGGUCAUCGAAUAAAAAUAAUUGAUUUUGGUUUAGCACGAAAAUAUGAUCCAACAAAACAAUUAAAAGUUCUAUUUGGUACACCAGAAUUUGUUGCACCAGAAGUUAUUAAUUUUGAUCGAGUCGGAUAUGGAACAGAUAUGUGGUCUGUUGGUGUCAUUUGUUAUGUAUUAUUAUCCGGUUUAAGUCCAUUUAUGGGCGAUAAUGAUAAUGAUACGUAUGCAAAUAUUAAUCGAGCAAAUUAUGAUUUUGAUGAUGAAGCAUUUUCAGAUAUAUCAAUGGAUGCAAAAGAUUUUAUUUCAAAACUUUUAGUCAAAGAUAAAGAUAAACGAUUGGCAGCUAAACAUUGUCUUCAACAUCCAUGGUUAACACGACAUCCAAAAACUGUUUCACCAAAAAAUAUUGAUGAUGAAACGGAAAAAAAAUUAUCAACAAAAAAAUUAAGACGUUUUGUUAUUAGACGACGCUGGCAGAAAGCUGUUAACGCUCUAUUGGCAUUACAACGUAUGGGUAUGACAUUGUGA